GUAAAGUGGUCCAGCUGCUGUUCAGUCCCUCAGAGAGUCCGGCAGGGACAGCUCAGACUCACAGAGCGCGCGCGGGAGCUGCAGUGAGGGAGGAUUACACUCUCCUGGACUGGCUUGGAUGUGCGUGUGAAUGAGAGGAGUGAUUGAGUUAUCAGAAGAGGGAAAAGGCUGUGACUGCUUCACUCUGACAGUCACCCCGACACUCACAUCUCUGACACACACGUGAGGAAUGAGUUCACCUGCUGGGAGACGACCCAGGACCAUGAACACGGAGUGAGCGUGGAGGCGCGCAAGGGAUGGCCAUCAUUACGCACGCGCUCCUGGCUGCGUUACUCCUGCAGUUUUGCUCUUGUUAAAAGCUGAGGGCGCGUGUUUGUGUGUGCUCUCUCUGUUUCUCGGUAUAAAGCAGCGGGUCAGCGGUGAUCAGCAGUGCAGAGCAGCGGCAGCAGGUUGGGGGAUGUACGGCUGCACCAUGCUCGCUCCCGCGGUCCGGUCCGGAGCGCAUUCAGCGCGCAGUGGAUUUAUGGGGGAAACAGUCAAGCGUUGCGAUUUCUAAAGUAAAGGGUUUUUCAUACAGUUCAUAAAAGGGAUCAGGACAAAGUCACCAUGCUCUUCUUCACUUUCUGGACCUUCUUUCCUCUUCUGGACGUGGUGUCCUUUGCUGGGGCUCAAGAGUUGAGUCAGUCUCGUGUGCCUCGUCUGGACUGUGUGAGAGCUCAUGAGCAGUGUCUAGCCAAAUACGGCUGCAGCACCAAGUACCGCACCAUGAGGCAGUGUGUGGCCGGCAGGGCGAGCAACAUGAGCAUGCUGGCCGAGCCUGAAGCACAGGAUGAGUGCAGGAGUGCCAUCGAGGCCAUGAAACAGAGCCCUCUCUACAACUGCAAGUGCAGAAGAGGCAUGAAGAAGGAGAAGAACUGCCUGCGCAUCUUCUGGAGCAUCUAUCAGAGUCUGCAGGGCAAUGAUUUGCUGGAGGACUCUCCAUAUGAACCAGUGAACAGCCGUCUGUCUGACAUAUUCCGCCUGGCGCCCAUCAUAUCAGGUGAAGCGGCAUUUUCCAAGGACAACAACUGCCUGAACGCUGCCAAAGCCUGCAACCUGAACGACACGUGCAAGAAGUACCGCUCAGCCUACAUCAACCCCUGCACCAGCAGGGUCUCCACCACCGAGGUGUGCAACAAGCGCAAGUGCCACAAGGCUCUGCGGCAGUUCUUCGACAAGGUGCCGGCCAAGCACAGCUACGGCAUGCUCUUCUGCUCGUGUCCGUCUAGUGACCAAUCGGCCUGCUCUGAACGCAGGCGCCAGACCAUCGUACCGGCCUGCUCGUAUGAGGACAAAGACAAACCCAACUGCCUCAACCUGCAAGAAUCCUGCAAAACCAACUACAUCUGCAGAUCUCGCCUCGCUGACUUCUUCACCAAUUGCCAGCCAGAGGCUCGUUCAAUAUCGGGCUGUCUGAAGGAGAGCUAUGCGGACUGCCUGCUGGCUUACUCUGGUCUUAUAGGCACAGUGAUGACCCCAAACUACCUUCGCUCUCCCAGCAUCAGUGUGUCUCCCUGGUGCGACUGCAGCAGCAGCGGCAACGGGAAGCCAGAAUGUGACAAGUUCUCAGAAUUCUUCACUAACAACCGCUGUCUCCGUAAUGCUAUCCAGGCCUUUGGUAAUGGUACAGAUGUUGGGGUGUGGCAGCCCCAGCCUCCGAUACCACCCACUGCCCCCCAACCCAACAACCGGAACUCUAAUGCGCUGGAUGACCAGACACUCUCCAAUGACCUGGACCCAAGCAAUGACCAUCUAUACAGCUUCUGUGGAAGCCUUCAGGCUCAGAAACUGAAGGCAAAUGCCACAAUAGAAGUUCCCUGCAUGGAUCCCCCUCUAGCUGACCCCAGCAACUUCAAUGCUAUAGCAGGAAGCUCGACCGGCCACAUCCACUCUGUGACCGUCCCUGUGCUGCUGCUGGCCUUGCUCUCUGCUCUCCAGCUACUGCCCCACAAGGCCCUGCUUUUGUAGCCCAACCCCAGUCUGGACUGCUCGUGUAUCAUACUCACCACUCUGUUGUAUUUGAUCUUCUUCUGCAAGUGAUGCUGUAUGAGGUGUUGAUGUCUACAUGUGCUAAAGCUGCUUUUUCUUUCUGACCGAUGGAGGAUCUGUUCUGAUGGACAAAAGUAAAAAUCAGAGAGUUACUGACACAGAAGCAAAAGGUCAUCUGUGAACUUGAUGAAAACUGGACUUGUGUAACAACCCCAGUGUGAUCUACAGUUUUGGAGAUAAAGUAUUUCCCUCUGCUGCCUGGAUGAGAACUUCAUUAUUCCACAAGGGCUGUUGAGAAGGAGCUACAGAGAAAAUCAAGGAUCACUGAAAACAAUGGGACCCUCCAGUUUUUGUCGAACAGGAAGAGACUCCAAAAUGUAGACAGACUUUAAUUUCCUCUUUCAGAGAUAUAAGAGAAAAGCUUGUAACAUCUUGUGCUCAGCUGCAGUCAGAGUCGCAUAUUUCAGAAAAGCAUCUGCCAACUAAUCCUGUCCACUGCCUCUGCCUCUGCCUCUUUUAUGAUGAGCAAGCAUUGUCUCGAGCAUUGUCUCUCCAAUCUGCCUCUAGCAUGGCUGAUACAUACAGAGCCAGAGGACACAAGGUGAGGACACACAGUGGGAGAAAAAACACAGACAGACAGACAGACAGACAAAGUUGUUUUGAACCUUCAGAAAUGACCCAUUCAUGUGCUGCAUACGAAUGUGCUCUUUUGUAGCAACUCUAGGACGAGUUUUACCGUCACUGUUAAAAGUAUAAUUUCCUUUUGGAACUUCUUGGGGUUCUUCUAAUUGAAACUGUGGAGAAACACUUUAAGGUGCUUUAAAAAAACCUUCAAGAAAGUAUAGGUUUCACAGUUUCAAGCAGAAUAGAAUCAAACUCUUUUAAUGUCAUCACAUUAACACAGAUGUACACAGGUGCUAGGUCACUGUAGUUAAAACCCACAAUAACAAAACACAAUAGGUACAAAUAGAAAUAAGAAACCUACAAUUUCACACAUAACUUACACUAUACAGACAUAAUUGCAGUGUAGAAAUGCUAUAAAAAAAUAAUACAUAUACAGAAGUAUACACUGCCAUCUAAAUAUAGACAACUGAAUGCAUGCGAAUCCAAGUAUUUGACAGGGUGUAUGGGAUAAAAGUGUUGGUGGGUGCAGUGUGUCUGUAAGUAGGUACCAUGUUGAGUGCAUAAUGAGUUUAUAAGGGAUGGAGAUGUAGUAUAGAUGUAGUAAGAUGGAUAAGAAGAGUUUAAGGUGUGUUUUGGGCUAAACGUUCCUGGGGAAGAGGCUGUCUCUGAACUGACUGGUUCUGGUCUUCAAGCUUCUGUACUUCUCGUUUGAUAUGAGAACAGGUAGUGGCUUGGUUGGGGGUGGUCCUUUAUGGUCCUUGAAGAACCCCUAAAACUUCCUCAAGGAACUUAUACUUCUACCAGUAAAUGAAUGUAUAUAAUCAAUGGAGGAGGUGACAAAAUGAUGAAGUGAUGAAGCGAUAAAGUUGCCUAAUGUUAGUUUCUUGUGGAGGUGUUAAAAUUUGCUGGACUGCAUGGCUGUACAUGGUGUGUAAGUCUCUGUUAAUGAUAAGCUUAAGGUGUUUGUUGGAUUUGAUCAUUUAGAUUAGAGUUUCUCAUUCUCAUUCCCACCUUGCAGAGGUUACAUGCCCCACUAAUUACACUUUAGGUAAUUAACUAAGCCUUUAGGAACAUGUGAAUGUUCUAGACUAAGGUGAAUUAGAUAGAUCUUUAGUCUCCAGGACCAGAACCGAGCACCCCUGAUUUAGACUUCUCUAAUUUGUCACUUCACUAUGUCAUCAUUUAUUUGUAUUAAAUUGUGGAAAUAUAGUUAUAAUGUUGGCAAAAAUUAUGAGGCAGGGCUAAAGAAUGCUGCACUGACCUGUGGAUGUGUGUGUGUAGGGCCUCUUGUAUUAAAUGUGGACAUGAUUAUAUAUAGUUCACAUGUGACACUGUGGAUAGAGUUGAAUCAAAUAUUCAGCCUCCAGACAACUUCAUAAAUAGAAUGCCUCAUCGAUCUGAAACCAACUAUCAGGACUCAUUUACAAUCUAACUGCAAUUCACAUCUCCUUGUCAUGAGGAAACUAGCCAAUGUUCUAUACCUUAACCACAAGAUAACACCUCACAACAUAUACAGGUUUGGAUGUCCCCUGCAGGUAGCGCUGCAUGAUACACUUUUACCGACAGCUAUCCCAUAACUUUUGGCAUGCCAGUGCAUGUUUUUUUUUUUACAUUUGCAUGGUGAGAAAUGUGUUGCCAUUACUACCCUGUGUCUGUUUUAGAAAACUCAUUUUUAGAAACUCAAUUAAACAUAGCAGUUCAAAAUUUCCACCCAUUAGCUUAAAUAGGACUAUUUCCAGCAUUUUGGAAAGCUUGUCCACCCUUGCUACAAAAGAACACAUUAGUGAGUGCAGUAUAAUUAGGUUAAUUUGCUAUUUUUAUGGACUUCUGGUUCAUUCACUGUGGGUCAAGUGGCAUUUCCUGUUAAGCCAAGACUGUUCAGCAUCAACUGCAUUUUUUUGGGGAAAACAGCAUUUUGACCACCUGCUUGUACAAUACCAGCCUAAUUUUUUUUCUUACAAACUUAGCACAUUUAUAGCCGUAAUAUUACCACUGCUGUGUACAAUAUCAUCUGAUGUGUUUUAACAGUGAACAUGAGUGUUGAACAGUGUACAAAGGUUGAUGAUUCAAUCUAGUGUACCUAUAUGUAAAAUGUGAUGUACAGUAAGUAAAACAUGGUUUCUCUCUCGCUCUCUUUUAAAUGAGGUGCCCUGAAAGCAUUCUAGCAUUGUUGUGAUACUGUUAACUGUAAAAGUAAUUAAAUCAAUAAAAACUCAAGAAUUACAGGGCUGUAAGAAAUGUAAAGGGGCUGAAGAAUACAUUAAACACGUCAGAAGUAA